UUUGUAUACAUCUCUGUCAGAUUUUAGUGAAAUCUUAGCCAACGCUGAUAUUGGUCAAGUAAGUUGAUAAGAUGUAUUUCUUGAUAGAUGAGAUUUCUUUGGCGUGAUGUUUUCUUUCCUUUUUUUAAACAAGGAAGGCUGGUAUUUAGAUAAAUUGCAAGAUAUUUGAUGCAAAGCAUUUGAGUAAAACUGUUGCAUAGAUCGAACUCCAGGGAUUUUCAUUAAACAUAAUGACGACCUAUACAGACAAAGGGCCAAAGCCUGAUAAAGGAAGGUUCUUACACUUUGACCAUCUUACUUUUUGGGUAGGAAAUGCAAAACAGGCUGCUUCGUACUACUGUUCUAAAAUGGGAUUCGAACAAUUAGCAUACAAAGGAUUAGAAACAGGCUCCCGUGAAGUUGCUGCUCAUGUUGUGAAACAAAAUAAAAUAAUUUUUGUGUUUAUUUCUCCAUAUAACCCAGGAAAUCGAGAAAUGGGGGAUCAUUUGGUGAAACAUGGUGAUGGAGUAAAAGACAUAGCGUUUUCUGUUGAAGAUUUAGAUGCAAUAGUGAAGCGCUGCAAACUUCGUGGUGGAGAAUUAGUUCGAGAUAUCUGGGAAGAAACAGAUGAAGGCGGAACCGUACGAUUUGCUACCGUAAAGACAUUUGGAGAUACCACUCAUACAUUUGCUGAUAGAUCAAAAUAUAAUGGACUUUUCUUACCAGGUUACAAACAACCACUGCUGAAAGAUAAGAGUCUUCUUAAAUUGCCUAUCACAGGAUUGGAUUUUGUGGACCACUGUGUUGGGAAUCAACCAAAUGAUGAGAUGGUACCAGUAUCUGAUUGGUAUGAGAAAAGCUUGAUGUUCCAUCGUUUCUGGUCAGUUGACGAUAAACAAAUCCACACAGAGUAUUCAGCCUUGAGGUCUAUUGUUGUAACUAAUUAUGAAGAAACAAUAAAGAUGCCUAUUAAUGAACCUGCGCCUGGGAAGAGGAAGUCACAAAUACAGGAAUAUGUAGAUUAUUACGGUGGAGCAGGUAUUCAACAUAUUGCUUUAAAUACGAAGGAUAUCAUCAAGGCAAUUUCGAAUCUUCGAGAGAGAGGAAUGGAGUUUCUUACCAUCCCUGCUACUUAUUAUAAGACUCUGAAAGAAAACUUAAAGUCAGCUAAAAUAAAAAUUGCAGAAGACAUGGAUAUACUUCAAAAAUUGAACAUACUGAUUGAUUAUGAUGACAAUGGCUAUCUUCUCCAAAUAUUUACGAAACCUAUGCAAGAUCGCCCUACAUUAUUUUUAGAAGUUAUUCAACGACAUAAUCACCAAGGUUUUGGAGCAGGGAACUUCAAAGCUUUAUUUGAAGCUAUUGAGCUGGACCAGGCAGAAAGAGGAAAUUUGUAAUAAUUAGAAAGCAAAUUGAUAAAAAGACAUGGAGAUAAAAUACUAUGAGAUAAAAUAGUUUUUGUAUGAUAAUGACAUUAAUGUUUUAAAUUAUCAUGACAUAAUUAAGUUACAAACAGUGAAACACUAUAAAUCAAAAAGCUUCAAUUUUAUACCCAAUUUUCUUUAAUUUAUUUAUAUGGAUAAUAUUUUUUUUUACUUUGAUGCAAAAAUUGUGAAUUUUUCUCUUGGUGUAAAAAAUUUAAAUAAAUUACGUUGUUAUCUUUA